CAGUAGCUAUUAUAUUGGGGAAUUGUAGUACUGUCUAUGAUGAAAGGAAGGAAGUGAUGUAAGAGUGAUGUAAUGGUUUAUUCCCCCACACCUGUAGCUGAUGGUGGAGAUAGGCAACGAGAGGUCGAACCAGUUCUGGGAGAAGCACUGCCAGCAGGAGAGACUCGAGGCCGGUGUGGAGAGAGACAUCCGGGAGUCCUUCAUACGGGCCAAGUACCAGGACCGUGCGUGGAUCCCCCAACCCACCGGGGAGGACCGCGAGGCUCUGAGCAAACAACUGCUCGUCUGCGUCGCCAGCAACAACCUCAUGAGGACCAUACAGCUGCUAGUCCACGGGGCAGACGUUUCGUACGAGGACCCAAAUGAGCCGAACCCGAAAUUGAAAACAUGUCUUGGGGUCGCAAGACAUCACAAACAGACGCUACAAGUGGAGCUACUGGAGCAGAACAGAGCCCUGUCAAGCCCCAAGCCGGUUGAUAUCCCGCAAGUAGUCACCAAGAAGGGUCACCUCUACAAGACGGGUAACGACAGGACGGGCUGGAAGAGACGGUGGUGCACACUCGACCAGUUCAGAGGUGUCGAAUACUUCAGAUCCGAAACAGACCCGGACUGCCAAGGAGACAUAAAGAUCCACGAAAUGCUGAGCAUUUCUCUCUGCGACGAAGAAAAGGACCCAAAAUACCCACACUGUUUUGAGCUCAACACACAGAGCAGAGGCUACUUGUUCUGCGCCGACAGUAAGGCAGAAAUGGACGACUGGAUCGAAACACUGAAAAAGGUCAUUCCGAGAGAUGGGGCAGAAAAAUUGGGGUUUGACAAAGUGGGGUACCUGAGAAAGAAGGAUCCUCACAACGUCGGCGGCUGGAAGAAACGAUGGUUCACACUCAAGGGAAAGAGCCUUGUCUACUACAGAAGAGAGCGGGAGGAGCUGUCGGAGAUAGACCUGAAGAAAGUCGUGGAGCUGAAGCCCCCGGACCACGUCAGCGGUACCCCCGAGGCCCUCUGCUGCUUCCAGAUUUGUCUGCCCGACAGGGUCUACACGCUCAGGGCAGACACGCCCGCCGAGGCAGAGAGCUGGAUGCAGGCACUCAGACACACACAGGUGUCGGGGAUCCCACUGAGCGAGCAGCAGACGACGUCCGCCCGUAUUCCGAUCAUCGUCCACAAAUGUCUCCAGUUUGUGGAGACGUUUGGUCUGGAGGCUCAGGGAAUCUACCGAAUGAGUGGAAACCUUGCCAAGAUCAGGAGAUUAAUCCUGGGAUUCAAUCAAGAUGCCCGUGGGUUCCUAAUCAACUCUGAGGAGUACACAGUCCACGAUGUUGCUGGCGUGUUGAAGGAUUUCUUCAAGAGCCUACCUGACCCUCUCCUCACCCAUUCUCUCUACCAGGACUUUGUCCUCGUCAUGAAAGAAGCUGAGCACGAGCAGCAGCUGGUCCAGCUCAAGUCCCUCGUCGAACAGCUGCCUCCUGUCAACAGAGAGACCCUCAAGAGAAUCAUCGGACACCUCAACAGAGUGAUAGACCACGAGAGUAAGAACAAGAUGGGCAGAACAAACCUCGUCAGCCUCUUUGCCCCUACUCUGAUGACUGUCAACGCCGACGCUGUGUCGAUGCAGAAUGCAAAGUAUGAGUUCAUGUGUAUGGACAAAAUGAUACAGUACUACAAGUGGCUCUUUGAGGUCAAAGACGAGGAGGAGGCCAAAGAGAAAGAGCUGGAGGAGGCAAAGGAGAAGAUAUUGCGAGCGGCUCAGCAGCAGAAGGUGGUGAAUGUUGGUAUGACCUCCAACAUGAAGUUCCUCAACACAAUCUACAUUCUCAGCAGAUCCGGAGACACCUACGGCACAUAUAUAACUCCAGAGACGUCGGUAGGAGAGAUAGUGGAAGAAGUAUCCACCAACAAGAGCCUACCCCCGGACCACUACGCCCUCUACCUGGUCAUCGGCGAGGGUGACUCGUAUCGCGUCCUCAGCUCCUCGGACAGGCUGCUGGCCGCUCUCUCAUCUGUCGGCUCUGAGUGCCAUCUGUGUCUCAAACCAAACGCCUUCUACGAGAGCAUCAAACCAUUCAUGCACCAGGAUGGCUGGGAGAGUGUACAGGUCCACGUGAGGGAGAAGAAGAAGUGGAAGAGAUAUCCGUGUGCCGUUCGGGGGAAGAGUUUCGUACAGUUCAAAGACAACAAGUGUACCAAUGAAGUGGUAAGGCUGGCUGUGAGCGAGCUGGAUGUGUUUGCUGGCAUGGAAAAAGCCGUCAGAACCGACCACAAGAACCCUAUGCCUACAAGGAAUUUCUUUUGGUUGAAGCAGACAAGAGGCAUGAGAGGACAUGAAGACCACACCAAGUACCUGUGUACCGACUCUGAACAGGACUUACAGAAACUAAUUGCAGCUCUUGUCAAAGCUAAAUAUGGCCCAGAAGGUCUCCAGACUCCCCUACUACCCACAAGACCACCUCCUCCAGAACUAGCUGUCAGAAGAACCACCAUCAGUGUGUCUCCCAAUACACCGAAGAGACACCAGUUUGCAACUGCUUCAGUUCAGGUCAGUCUCUGUCUCUUUUUCAACCUUCACGUCACCCAUUAUCUCUUUGUUUUGUGUCGUGUUUUUUCUCCACUGCAGUAUACUAAAUGGUAGCACAUCUCCUUUCCUUCGCUUCCUCAAUUUCGAUCUGUUCUCAUAUUAUUAUUGGACAUAUUUUAUCUCUCUCUUUUCUCCGUUAUUCAUCUGUUCACAUUUUGAUUUUUUAGUGGUUGUUGCAUUUAUGUAUGUCUGAGAUUAUGAUUACGUCAUUUUCUGUUCUGAAGUGCCCGUUUGUAAAAAUACAUUUUUAUGGACUUUUUCUAUUGAAUUUCGGAUUGCUAGGAGCAUGAUAGUGAAUGUGUGUGUGUUAGUGUUGAUCUACGUGGUGUGUUGGGUGCCACGGUCUACCGGUUGUCUCUGGCUCUUGCGGAAUUGGAUGGUCUUCCUCAUUUGCUGCUCACGGAACUCCUGUCUGCGAACUAGAGCUAAGUUGACCCGUCUCUGCUGGUCCAGCUCCUCUGCUGCAGUCUCCAGCUGGCCUCUCAGUCUCGACACUGUCUCCCCCAGAUCAGGCUCUGAGGAUCUGUCACUGUCACUGUCUGACCUUUCUUUUUUCUGCUGAUUCUCCAUGUCUUCUUUGACAGCCACUUGGAUUCUUUUAGCAACUUUCUGGGCAAACUUCUUUCUUUCCUCUGUCAAUGACAGUCUGCCAGCUGGGUUUGGAGUUAAUGGCAUCCUUUUCUCUUCCGGGCGACCCCCUUUCACUAACCAACCUCCUUCACACACACUUUCCACCAGAUAGAAAUAUGAGUGUUCGCUGUGUUGCAGGGCAUCGAGGACAGGGUCUGAUUCCAGUGUGGAAUCGGAAUCGGAGUCUCCCCCGGCUCCCCGGCUGGCCUCCAGGUGCCUCAGAGCCCGUUCCUCCACCAGCUCCUCCCUCACUCUCUCCAGCUCCGCCAGUGUUGCUUCGUGACCAUCCGAGUGUUUGCUGCCAUUGUCUCUCUCCUGGAGCCUCUCUCUGAUGUGAGCUAUGGUGUCCUUCUGUCUGACGAGGACCUGGGAAUGGUGCUCACCCAGACACCUCUCUCCCACUGCUAUCAACUGAUCCCACUUCUGCAGCAAGCAACAGCAUGGAGAAACCUCACAACCACAAGUACAAACAUCCGAUGGAGGAAAUGCUACAAGUAUAUACCUUUAUUCAGGGUGUCUAAACACGUAUUGUUUAUAUACCUCUUUGGUCUCUCUUAACUGAG